GUUCAUUGGGAGGGGCUAACAUUAGACCGUGAUAGUCGAGCCAGCUGGUUACUUUUAUCGCUGGAUGACGUGAAGGAUUCUGCUUCAUUUGACAGCUAGCACAGAAAACUUGUGUAAAACUCAUUGCAUAAUGGAGUUCUUUAACCAGAUGUUUGCAGAGUAUCCCCACGUAACGUACGGAGGGGUGGGUGUGACAGCUUGUGCCACUGCAGGAGCCAUGGUUUAUAAAAUAGCGACGAGAAAAAAGCCCACUCAUGUUUGUGUGAACUGCUGGUUCUGCAACAAGGACACAGUGGUUGCAUAUGGCAAUAGAAACUGCUGGGACUGCCCCUACUGUGAGCAGUACAAUGGUUUUCAGGAGAAUGGCGACUACAACAAACCCAUUCCAGCCCAGUACACGGAGAAUCUGAACAGUGGUGCCCCUGCUAGCCCGCCCAACCCUGACACCAGCAAGACACUGCAGUGGGUCAACUGCCAGAUGCUGGUGUGCAAGAAGUGCAACGAUAAACAGACCCUGAAGAUCAAGCAACUGGCUUCCUAUGUGCCAAGGGAGGAUCAGGAGAAGUAUGACGAGGAGUUGGAAGUGUUCAAGCGACACGUGGAGCAGACACACAAGCUGUGCCGACCGUGUCAAACGGCCGUGGAGUACUACAUCAAGUACCAGAACCGCCAGCUCCGCACUCGACUCUUCAACCCUCUGAGACGCAGCCAGGGAACUGGCGAGAAGCUAUAUCCCUCACCAACACCUGCCUGGGUGGUAUUCCUGCGUGUCCUGGCGUUCCUUGCCUGUGCUUUCCUGCUGGCUUUGGCAUUUUAUGGAUCCGGAGAGCCUCUUGGCCCAAACAGCCUUCCGCAGACAGAGAGCGGAGGAGUGUCCGUUCCCAAACCCACUCCCCCUGUGAACGACAGUGCAGAGGGCCGGGGUGCCUGGCCCGAGGCCCUGGCCCUGCUGCCUGAGGAGGUCCUGGAGAAUGCCGGGCUGCUGUGGAGCAGUGGCCAGACGCACCAGGUGGCCGUGGUCUCAGUGGGCCUGGUCACCUGCAUCACCAGCAUCCUGCUGGCCGGACGGGUCAGGUUGAGGCGAAUUGAUGCUGUGGCUUUGGUCCUUUGGGUCCUGGUCAUGGGGCUGCACCUGGCAGGACACUACCUGAAGGAUAUCCCUAGCUGGCUGGACACAGUCCAGCUUGGCACCACCUGCCUGUGCUGCCUGGCGGGGUUCACUGCUGCUGUGGUGUCAUGAAGAACCAGGGGUCAGAGGUCAGAUUCUGAACAGUAACACUCAAACUGUUGAACACAACCAACAAAGAAACCGUAGGGCCCAUUUGGAAAUGAGGUUUGUGUUCCACUGUGGAUGCUGGCUUCUUCUGCAGUUUUUUUCCCCCCUUUUACCUCCAUUCACCAAUUAAUCAGUAGUAUUGGCCAAUCAGAAAGAUCAUGUCAUACACUAAACUAAUGGUAAUACUACAGAGUAAAUGGUUGUUUAUCGAAAAGUAUUUGUUCUGAAAAAGAGUUCCUUUUCAGUUUGUCUAAAAUCGGCAGUUUUUUUAAUGCAUCUGCAGUAUUGCGCUGUAUCGUUUUGUAGCUAUGUAUUUACACUAUUGUUCAUUUUCUGAAUGGAUGUUGAACAGUUAUUCUGCAUUAAUGACGUAUUCACACUCAGUUUUUUUUUUUAUAAACAGGUUAUCACUUCAAAAAUAUUCAGGUUCCGCUACAUGUAGUAAAAACAAAAAACAUGAAACUAUGAAACCUUCAGUGAUUUUAGUUUUUUGUUUAAAUUGUAAUGAUUCCAAGCUGUGUACAGUGACCAUUGCACUAAUCCCUUAGCUCUGAUGCUUGAUAGCCUUUCAGCUUUUCGUCUCAAAAAGAAAGAAACUAGCAGUCCUUUUUAUAAAAAAGCAUCAUCUGUGAAAGCUAUCAUUCUUAAUUGGUAAAUUGGUGCGAAUUAGUAAAAUCUGUACAUUUUAUUUGAGCAUUUUGGCACAUAGUAUACAUUUUGACUAAUGCAAAAACGGUAGCAUCAGGAUUAUUUAAACAAGUGGCUAACUAACACCAUCUCUACAAUCAAAUAUUCCUGAGAUAAAUCAUCAAAGUUGGGGAAGUACACUAACUUUUAAAAGUACUUGUCAGAUGAAAUUGCAUGCAGAGUGAAUCGCUGACUUAAACCUUACAACCAAUACAUUUAUUUAAAUUCCAUUCUUACGGAUAUGGCUGCCAGCUAAAUUUCGAGUUAACUAAAUGUGUCCCACAUGGUUUUUCAAUCCUUCAAUUCAUAAACCAGUGGCAAAACACUAUGCCUCCUGCUGAAUAUGAAGAAGCAAGGGGCUAUGAUUCUGGUUGUCUUUCUCAUAGCGAACCUUACCAUCUACUGUUGAUGGCUAUAGUACAUGUUGCUCCUUGGUGGUGACUCUUGAAAACCUUAGUUUAUCCAGAAUUCUACAUUAAUCACAGUUACCCUUUUUCUCGUUUGUGUUCUGUUUCAAUUUUGGGCAGGGGAAUCUGCAAAGGCCAGUUAAGCUGUGUGUUCCUGCUGUAUUUACUUAUAGUUAUUAUGACUGAAAGAAAUUCUAUACUAUAUUGACUUGAAAUGUUUAUUUAGUAAUAUAGUUAGACAGAGCAUUCACGACAGAAAAGGCAGAUGCAAACCCACUGAGAGAAAAGCUUGUCCAUCACAAAUAGACUCAUUAUCACUCUGAUGCGUAUUUGAUACUUCUUUGUGGAGAAGUGGACAGUUUCUGUUCUUCCAGUAUAACACACUGUCAUAAUCACUACAAUGAUAACUUGUCUGUGCAAAUGAUCAUCUCUGCUUCAUCAUUUCUUGUUUUCUUGAGCAUUUGGUUAAUGUCUGAAUCUGGGCAGCCUAGUGUUUAAGGUACAUGACUGGGACACGCAAGGUCGGUGGUUCAAUCCCCGGUUUAGCCACAAUAAGAUCCGCACAGCCGUUGGGCCUUUAACCCUGCAUUGCUCCAGGGGAGGAUUGUCUCCUACUUAGUCAAAUUAACUGUCCGUCACUCUGGAUAAGAGCGUCUGCCAAAUGCCAUUAAUGUAAUGUAAUGUAAUGAGUCAUUUCAUUCCGUUCAGGACAUUAAAGUGAAAGUAAUUCAUAAAGCUACUACAUGUGUACACAUAUUUGUUCUGAAACUGGCAAGGAUAAAGUGUGUUUCUGUAAGGAAUCAUAUUGUUUGUUUGUUUUUAUCCUCAGUGACGUAUAAUAAUAAUAAUAAUAAUAAUAAUGAAAUAUUAUAGUGUGUUUGUGACAUGAUUAGAAAGUCAAAAUUAUAGCUUUGUUGCCCCAGAAUUUGCAUUGUAGCAUCAUGCAAUUCCCUACACAUUUUAACCGUAACCUCUUUGGAAGUAAUGGUUGCUUUUUUUGAGUGCGUUGCUGACAACACUAAUGUCAUAAUUUAGUGGCUAAUCUUCAUUCAUAGUUUUCCUGUAUUAUACUUAUUCAGGAACUGUAAAAAACAAACAUAAACCAUAUAUUGUACGCUUGUAGUAACUGCCACAAGCUGCAGCAAAGCUGGCACUAGCUAAUCUUCAUUGACCCUGGUCAGGUCCAGACAGGAGAAAUGGUUGGUCAAUACUAUUUUUUCUAGGCAGCUUCCAUAGAUACUGGUAGGGGACCCAGUAUUAUCAUGUAUAUUGUUUUGAAAUAUACAGGUAGAUGUAUGUACUGUAUUUUUUCUGUUGUCUUUUUAGAGAUGGCUGUGAAUUGGUAUGCAAAUAAUUUACUGUAGAUUAUAUAUUUUUUUGCAACAGCAGCAGUUGCUAAAAUGGAUUAUCUGUACUCUUGAUAGGCUUUAAGAACUUUUGUAUUUAAGGAUAUGGUUGGGAUUGUUUUUAUCCACCAAAUUUCCAUCAGUGAGAUCAGUGUGCUUGAGAGCACAGAUCCAUCCCACACAUCUGUGAUGCUGUAUAGAUCUUUGCUGUUUUAAUCCACCAAAUAAAGGAAAUUCAGUACCAUGAACUUUGUUCACCCAAAAUAUUUUCCACACAAAAAAUAAUUAGCUUGAAGUUAUUUUGUGUUUUUAAUCAUUUUGUUUGCAUAGAUGUGCUGUAUCUGUUAAAUCAGGAAUUUAGGUGAACUGUUGUAUUUCUAUUAAAAAAAGCCAUAACCCUUUAUAAUAUGCAAAAGCACCUGGGUUGAGGCGCAGGUGUUUGUAGCCUGUAGCUUUGGAUAGAGUACGGAGUGAUUGUGUGCAGCUGCUUUGGUUUGAAUCUUAUUCCAUUCAUACGCUGUCGUUUGUUCACAUGAAUUGAUUGUUAACUGAUCAUCUUUCUUUCUUUUUUUUUUUCUUUUUUUUCCCACUUCUCUGUUAAUGUGUUAUUUAUAUGUGCUUUAAAAAUCAAGGAUAUUGUAGGGAUAUUUUCCAUGUAACACUGAAUUAGUUUUAAAAGUUUAAAAACUGUGCCAAAUCAAUAUUGCGAUAUGUAUACAACUGCUAAAAAUGGUCUUUGUAAGCGUUAUUUGAACGCCUUGUGACAUUUUUGUAUGCUCUGUAGUUUUUUAUUUUAUUUUUUAUUUAAAGAUAUUUUAUUGAAGAUAUUUGAUUUAUUUUGAUUGUUGUUUCUACUGAAAAGACAAAGAAGAGAUGCAGUGCCCUGUAUGCUACUACAAAUAUUUUCUAACAAUUGUAUGUCUGAAUUGCAUUCUUUGCUCUUGAGCCCAUCUCAGAGAUGUUAUAUGGCACUUGAGGUUUUUUUAACCAACUCCAGGCUAAAACACUUACAUUGUUUGCAAAUGAGUAGCAGCGGUAUGAAAUUCAUUCCUUGGUUUAAUAUCUGAUAUUUGUAAUAUAUUUUACUUAAUCGUUCUUUCCAAAUUUUCAGGUGCUAUUCUGUCAGGCUUCUUCCGAAUCUGCACCCGUGUUAUUUUCCUGUUAUCCAGAAAUGCUUUAUGUGAUAAGGGGCACGUAAUACACGGCCAGCUAGUUUGACAGUAACAUUAGCCAAGGCAAGGGCUUCUAGCUAGCUGAAGAAAAAGUUGGAGAUUGUGGCCAUGCCUCCAUUCCCCCACAAAGCCACACUGUUGCAUUCUGGACUAUUGAGGCUGCUCGCAUGACAGAAAUCACUAUGGCCUCUUGAUAAAUUGCUGUUUUCUCUUAGUACGAGUAUUGCGGGAAGUUGAUUAGUUGGAAUUCAAGUCAAAAGCUUGUUGUCCCUAAUGGGUUGAAAUGAAUAUCGGAUACUUAUAGUUGAUGCUAUAGGGUGUUGAACACACUCACAUGAUGUCACAUCGUCUACAGUUUAACUGCAAAAAUCUGAAAUGCUACACCAAAUAGGGGUUGUGUUUUACGUCAAUAUGUUCAUUCUAACAAGUGUUUUAGGCUGGAGGUUUCCUUUACUAUGGAUUAAGUGCAUCCCUCCAUGAUUUGGUCCGUCCGUUUAGUUGCGCAUCCCAGGUGUAGCAGACACAUUAUCUGUGUCACGGCUUCUUUGUUUACUCUUCCCCACAUUUUAAAGUGACAGUUUUAUCAUUUCUCCAGAAUGUAUGUUGCAUCAUUUAUUUCCUGUUAUUUUAACCAAUGUAAUAAACAACUUAAAUUAC